AUGCCUGUCACAUUCGAGGUCGCAAAGCACUCUGCUGAGCCAGUUCGUCAGCGGUCCUCCGUGAAUGGAGUCCAGGACGCCAAAGGCCUGUUGAGACAGGCGCAUCUUAGUCGGCGCCAACGAUGCGUCGAAGUCCUGCAGAGUUCUGCGGCCCCCGACGCACUUCUGUCGAUGGAAUACUGCGGGAACGGAUUCGUCCAUGCCGUUAUGAGGGCACACGGCGAGCAUCAUAACCUCGUUAUAAGGCCAGAUGAUGUCUGGAUCGCCAUAUUGAAUCAAUUUAGUUUUUACGUGAACGCGCACGCCAAAGAAUUGCGCAGCCAGUUCGUAGAGCACACGAACAAGAAGACGGUGGUGUUCGCCGCCGGAACUCGAUACACUGUAGAUUUCGGAGGCAUGACACGCCAGAUGACGGAGCAAAUGCGCCAGAACGUCGUCGAUGAGACACUCACGGGAUGGAUCCUCCCAGAUUUCACCACUUCGACCACCGUCGACUCGACGAUAUGUUCGGCGUUGAUGACGACGACGCUGAAGUCGUACGAUCCCUUAGCUCCUAUCAGGAGCUUCUUUGAAUGUUUUUAUCACAAAUACUUUAACUACAAGAUGAUAUGCAUUUGCGGCAUCCCAUCGGUAACCUUGGAGGGCGAGAAGGAAGACUGGCUGAAGCUCCUGCAACGGGUGGACAAGCUGGACGAGUUCGGAGACGAACCGUGUGCGUGGGCGACGAUGCUGCGCCCUAUACUGCAGCGCUUCGUGUCCUCUUUCGACGGCGAGCCUGAUGUCGAAUUUUGGACCCAUGUCGUCCAGCGAGAUGUUGCCAGGUACCGGCAUGAUUCCGUUAGUGGUUGGAUCGCCGCCUUCGUCCCCUGGACGGAUCAGGGGGUUUGGCAAGGCGGAGAGCAGCCGCUGCGCGCGGCACUAUCGGAGCAGAAAGAUGAUUCAACCGCCAGGAAGCGCGUGUACAGCGUCGACGGGGUAACUUACCCCAAGCUCAGCGUGAACCGCAUACCGCAGGGAUAUGGCGAAGUCGACAUCCUCCUGGAGGACACCGGUGUGUGGCUCGGGUGCCGGAUGGUGGCAGGCCACAUCGCCAUGUCGUUUCAUAGCGUAGACGGAAAGGAAAUCCUCGAUACGGUCAGCCCUGCACCUCACUGGUUCCUAUUCACUACGCAGACCGCUUUCCAUGCGAGCGUUGUCGUUCCGUCGCUGGCGCCUUCCCAAGGGUCGUCGUCUCCGCCUUCCGAGGGACCAUCAACUGCGCCAUCUGCGCCUAGACAGACAUCGUCUUAUGCUUCCUAUGGGCGUGUUGUCGUUUUGCCGCAGGCGCCUUCCCAAGGAAUGUCGUCGUCUUCGCCUUCCCAAGGGACGUCGUCGUCCCCGCCUUUCGAGGGAUCAUCGGCUGCGCCUAGGCAGACAUCGCCUUAUGAGGAGAAUCAUCCUCGUCGUGUAGUUCGCUCUCGCUCAAGCCCGCGCAUGACCUCGGCGUCGGGCUUCGCAUCGUCAGGCUUCUCGUCGUCGGGCUUCUCGUCGUCGGGCUUCUCGUCGUCGGGCUUCUCAUCGUCAGAUUCAUGCCUCGUACAGUAG